GUCAGCGUGCGCCGGGCUGCUGGGGACUUGUGAAUAGUUCAGAGAAAGCUAGAACACGCCACAGACGGAGCGAGGGUGAAGGAGUGCGAGUGCGGGGACUUAAACGAGUUGGGGCGAGAAAGCAAAGGCCCGAGGACCCAAGAUAAAAGACGGAGUGACCAUGGCUGUCUCUGCACCUCCUGUGAUCUCUGCAACUUCCAGUGGCACCAGUGUCUUGGGGGGUUUAUUUCGAGCGGAACCACAGUACUCAACACCGCGAGAGCCCCAUCGCCUCACCCCUAAUAUAAUCAACAGCUUCAUGGCCAAUAGCCACAACGGUGGCGGGUUCGGUAGCGGCAGUGGAGGCAGUGGCAAUACCAACACCAACGAGUGCCGGAUGGUCGACAUGCACGGGGUGAAGGUGGCUUCAUUCCUGAUGGACGGCCAGGAACUGAUCUGCCUACCGCAAGUCUUUGAUCUUUUUCUCAAGCACCUGGUGGGAGGGUUGCACACGGUGUACACCAAGCUGAAGAGACUGGACAUAUCCCCGGUAGUGUGUACUGUCGAGCAGGUCCGGAUUCUCCGCGGGCUGGGAGCCAUCCAGCCCGGAGUGAACCGCUGCAAACUUAUAACCAGGAAAGACUUUGAAACUUUGUUCACCGACUGCACCAAUGCUAGUUCCAGGCCUGGCAGGCCCCCUAAGCGUUCGUUAGGAGUGUUGCAAGAGAAUGCCUGCCUUUUGCCCCAUGCAAUUCCAGGCCUCUUAUCACCAGGACUUAUCACUCCAACAGGAAAGACUUCAGCAGCUGCUUCUGGUGCUGGUAUAACGGCUGCAGCAAUGGCUGAGGCAAUGAAGCUGCAGAAGAUGAAGCUUAUGUCUAUGAACACUCUUCAGGGAAAUGGAGGCCAAAAUGGGACUGAAUUGGAGCCUGACAAUUUUAAUCCUAACACAGGACUGGAUCUGCCAUUUAUGAUGAUGCCUCAUCCUCUACUUCCAGUCAGCUUACCUCCUGCAUCAGUUGCCAUGGCAAUGAGUCAGAUGAACCAUCUCAAUACUAUUGCCAACAUGGCUGCAGCCCAGAUUCAUAGUCCACUCUCCAGAGCUGGUGCCUCUGUUGUAAAGGAGCGGAUCUUAGAAAGUCCUUCUCCUGCUCCCUCUCUGGAAGAGAGCCAUCACCUUGGGAGCCAAACUUCCUCCCACCCCAGCAGCAGUGUGUCCAGCCCUCCCUCUCAGAGGGAUCAUCAUUCAGAGAAAAUGGAAGAGGUACCUGUUCAAAUUCCAAUGACGAAGCCACCCUUGGACAAGAUCCAGCUGGUUCCUGGGCAAGCAUUGCCCCCUGGAUUCCCUGGACCAUUCAUUUUUGCUGAUAGUUUGUCUUCCGUGGAAACUCUGUUGACCAACAUUCAGGGUCUGCUGAAAGUGGCUUUGGAUAAUGCUCGCAUCAAGGAGAAGCAGAUUCAGCAAGAAAAGAAGGAACUGCAGAUGGAGCUCUAUAGAGAGAAAGAAAUUAGAGAAAAGCUUGAAAGACAUCUUGCAAUUGAGCUUCAAAAUAGAACUACCAUGCAAAAGCGCCUGAAGAAGGAGAAGAAAGCCAAGAGAAAACUUCAGGAAGCCUUAGAAUUUGAAUCAAAGCGCCGGGAGCAAGUGGAGCAGGCACUUAAGCAAACUACUACUAGUGAUAGUGGCCUGAGGAUGUUGAAAGGUAAUAUGUGUUAUGGACUUUCACAGUCAAGGUAA